UGGCAGAUCUUCCCCAUUCUGAGUCGAAUUGAAAGAGUAGAAGAAACAUGAACCGUCUGAGUUUGUUGUUUGUGCUCGUUGGAGCGGUCGCCGUCUUCGGCACCACUCUCCCAGCGGAAUUCCUUGAAUGGGAAGGUCGUAUCGUCGGUGGUCAGAAUGCCGCCUCCGGUCAGUUCCCGUACCAGGUUUCACUUCGUUCAUCUAACAACGCUCACUUCUGCGGUGGUUCGAUCGUCAACAACCGUUAUGUUCUGUCAGCUGCUCACUGCACCUUUGGACGCACUUUUGCCGACACUCGUGUAGUCGUCGGAACUCACCUGUUGAACAGCGGUGGCACUAUUCACUAUACGACUAACAUCAUCAACCACGGAUCGUACAACCCCAACACUCUCGCCAACGAUAUUUCGCUGGUGCGGACCGCUUCGGUUAUCGCAUACAAUAACCUUGUUCAACCAAUUGUUCUGGAAUAUACCUACAUUACCACUGGCAGUGGUGCUCGGGUUUCCGGCUGGGGUCAAUUGCGCAAUGGCAAAAACUCAAACAAUCUGCAAUGGCUGAGCACCACAAUCAUCACUCUGACUGACUGCCGUAAACGUUUCAAUCCUUCCUACGCUGCAUCUGUAUUUGACAACACCAUCUGCACGCUGAACCCAAGCGGUCAGGGUGCGUGCUUUGGAGAUUCCGGCAGUCCAUUGAACUAUGAAGGCUACCUGCAGGGAGUCGUGUCAUGGGGUAUUCCCUGCGGUCAGGGAUAUCCUGAUGUAUAUGCUCGUGUUUAUUCGCACCGUUUCUGGAUCUUGAACAACGCCGUUUAAAUUGCGAUGACCUGAUCUUUUGUUAUUGUUGUGAUAAUAAAUGAUGGUUCGGAAAA